AAUCGUCUUCUGUUCCCCGCCCCCUCGACGUACACGGAAGGCAAAACCAGCCAAUCCCUGCCCGGAUGACCUCCGGAAGGGGCGAGACGCAAAUUCAGCGUGCCUGCGGACCUCACCAGGGUCGGGACCCUGCAGGCGGCGGGAUGUCCUGGUUCGGUCUUCUCCGUGGCCUCAACCCGUCCCUAAAUAAUGGCCUAGCCCUGGUCCCCCAGCUCUGGGCCUCCCGUCCCAUGGCCACCCUGAACCAGAUGCACCGCCGGGGGCUCCCCAAGCGGCCGCCGCUGAAGCUGGGCCCCACGGAGGGCCGGCCGCAGCUGAAGGGAGUGGUUCUGCGCACCUUCAUCCGCAAGCCCAAGAAACCCAACUCGGCCAACCGCAAAUGCUGCCGCGUGCGGCUCAGCACGGGCCGGGAGGCUGUGUGCUUCAUCCCCGGCGAGGGCCACAACCUGCAAGAGCACCACGUCGUGCUGCUGGAGGGCGGCCGCACCCAGGACCUGCCCGGCGUCAAGCUCAAGGUCGUGCGCGGCAAGUACGACUGUGGCCACGUGCAGAAGAAGAAGUGAGCGCCCCGAGCCCCCCGGGGGGGCUGGGGUCUCACCCAGAACGAGCACCUUCCUCUCUGGGUGCCUGGGGUGUCCUCGGGAAGCUACCCCGGCUCCGGAAGCGCCUGGUCCGGGGUUCAGAUCCUGACUUCGCCUCUUCUGUCGGGACCACCACUUGCCCGCGGGGGUUCUGUGUGUGAAUGGUCAAAGGCACCCCUCUGGCCACAUGGACCUUUGGCUCCAGGUCCCUUUUCAGUCGGGGUAAGGCCCUGGCUCUGUACUGCCAUCUGGUGGGAAGGAAUCGCAAUAAACAACAGACACCCCCGCCCCCA